GUUCACAGUCACAGCCCCAUCCGAGCAAACAGCCCCAGCCAAAUGUCACAGUGCAAGGCAGAUUGUAGGAUCACAGGGACAAUGUAGGAUCACAGCGCAAAUUGGAACUUUGCAGUGAAUGAAGGCAUUAUCGUGGGAACAGCCAAAGGUUUUGUGCUGUAAUCCUUUAAGUGCUUAAUAACCUCCCCUCGAAAGCUUUGAAAAUGUCUAAGGAUUGUUUCUGUAAUUUCUUUGAGACUUUAACAUCAGCCCUGUGCUGUUUCUACCAUCGGAAAUCCGUCAUUGUGGUGAAGUUUUCCAAGGAUCGCUAUAUUAUGGAUGGUGGAACCCCAGACAAGUUAAAGAAGGAGUUGGAGGAAGAAUUAAAGCUGAACAGUGAAGAUUUACGGAGCCAUGCUUGGUAUCAUGGGAGGAUUCCACGGCAGGUAUCUGAAAACUUGGUGAAACGAGAUGGGGAUUUUCUUAUAAGAGAUUCUCUGUCAAGUCCUGGAAACUUUGUGCUCACCUGUCAGUGGAAAAAUCUCUCCCAACAUUUCAAAAUAAAUAAAGUAGUCAUCAGGCUGAAUGAAGCCUACUGCCGGAUCCAGUACCAGUUGGAACAUGAAAGCUUCGAUAGCAUGCCUGCCUUGGUUAGAUACUAUGUCGGUAAUCGCAAGGCCGUGUCGCAGCAGAGUGGAGCCAUCAUUUUCCAACCCAUUAACAGGACAGUGCCUCUUCGAUGCAUUGAGGAGAAGUAUGGUACCUCUCCAGUUAGACGGCUGGAACUGGGCCCCUUGGAAGCAAAAGCUGAAGUCCCUAAACGUCUGAGCCUUAACUUUGGACAGGGGGUAUCCCAGGAACAGAGCCUUGCCAGGGGCAAUCUCCUAAGAAAUAAAGACAAAAGUGGCAGCCAACCGGCAUGCCUGGAUAAUAUGCGGGAGAAACGCCGACCCCUAAAAGCUCAUCAGUCAGAAAGUUACUUGCCUUUAGGCUCCCGGCAUCCAUGCUUAUCACAAGGGAUGGAUGUGAAAGUAUCUCCCAAAGCCCAUGUCUUCAGAACAGGGAGUGAACCAGCUCUAAGUCCAACAGAAAUCAGGAGGUUUAGCAAUGAGGCUCAUCCUGCUGAAGCAUUAAGGGGAUCAGACAGUCAGCUGUGCCCUAGGCCUCCUCCAAAACCCAGCAAAGCACCUUCCAUUAAGCAAUCGCACUCGCCUUUGGUGUGGCAGAGUUCAGAGGCAAACUAUUGUGAGCUGCACCCAACCCCCCCUGAGGACUGUGCUUGGUCAGACUCCUACUCGUCUCGCAACAGCUAUAUAGAGGAUCAAAGGACAGAUGACAUAGAGUCAUUAUCUUUCAGUAACUCGGAACUGAGCUUUCCUGCAUUGGAUGACAGUAUUUCUCAGUGCUCAGCAACAAAUUUUUGUGGGAAUGUAGAAGAUAAUGAAUUUAAUAGACCAGUUUAUGAAACUGUUUCAUCUUUUUGCCCAAAUGACUUUCAAUCAGUUCUCCUCACUGCAGAGAACAAACCUCUUGAAACUGCACUACUGAGACGGGCCAAAGAACUGUUCACUAAUAAUGAUCCUAAAACUAUUGCAAAACACAUGCUCAGGAUGGACUGCAAGGUUGCUAGGAUACUGGAUGUCACACCAGAAGUGGAAAAGAUGAUGGGAGUAAGCUCUGGGCUGGAACUCCUUAUUCUACCUUUUGGGCACCAGUUACGCUUAGACCUAAUGGAAAGGCAUACUACCAUGGCUAUUGGCAUUGCAGUGGAUAUACUGGGUUGCACAGGAAAUUUAGAAGAGAGAGUGGCGACAUUGCACAAGAUCAUUCAGCUUGCAGUAGAAGUGAAGGCUCUGGGUGAUUAUUUUGCCUUUUCUGCCAUCAUGAAAGCACUGGACAUGCCUCAGAUUACAAGACUUGAGCAGACGUGGACCAUGUUACGCCAUCAGUAUACACAUACUGCUAUCACUUAUGAAAAACAACUUAAGCCAUUUAGUAAAUAUCUGCAUGAAGGGGAAGCUUUGGAUACUCAAGAAGAUCUCACUGUCCCUCUUGUGAUGCCUCUUAUUGCGUUGUUGGAACGGCAGUCUGUCAUUUUUGAAGGCAUGGACUUCUGGGAAAACCACGAUCGGGGCUGUGAAAUUAUGUUUAACCACCUGCAAACAGCUCGGCAGGUAGCACAAUAUGCCUCGGUGUAUAGAAAGAAUGCAGAGAGGAUACUGGAAGGAUUUAAACCUGAUGAAUUGAUGAGUGAAAUCUUUAAAACAGAAUUUCAGAUGCGACUCCUAUGGGGCAGCAAGGGAGCCCUGUUAAAGCAGAGUGAAAGAUACCACAAGUUUGGGCAAAUCCUGACAGCACUGUCACGGAAACUAGAACCUCCUUCCUAAAGAAACCUUUGCAAGUGAAAACUACUGCUAUUUGCUGUGUAGGACAGAGACUUCUAUAAGUGAAACAGACACGUGUGAAGUAGACGGGAUAACAAGACAUUUCCAAGUUGUGUAUGUUGCUGUAAAUGUAUAAUGUAUAUUUGUUUUGUUUUUUAAUAUGUGCAUAACACCUAUUUAUUACUGUCCAGAAAAUGUAAUGGGUCAGUGACACUGAAAAACCAUCAGAAGGCUUCAGAUAUAAUAUCCCAUCAUCCAGCAUUUAUAAAAUGGUUCCUCCUGAGCAGAACGCUAGUGGCAGGGAACGUUAAACUGGCUGCUGCCAGAACAUGGCAUCUUUUAGACGUUUUUUCAAAUCAAAUUUCAGACAAUUAAAACGAUGUAAAAUUGUUUGUAUAUGUGUUGGCUUGUAGUUUCUUUCGUGCCAUGCACACCCCAAUUUCCUUUUGUAAACAUGCAGUUGGGUUGAUAUCAGCAGUGGCAUGGCUCUCUAUCCGCAACACAGCAAAGUUGCUUGUGAGCCUUGUUGGCUGUAACUUUACAGCAAUAGUCAUGAGUUAUUGGGCAAUACAGUCAGUACAGCUUAUGGGGCCAUGAGCAACAGUGGCUCUGAGCACUUGAUAAAUCCUCUCAGAAACAGAUGACACAGCAGCUUACCCCCCCUCAUUUGUUGAUGGUAGGUGCCCUUAAUUGUGUAGUUAUUUUGAUCAUGAUUGGUUAUGAUGUGAUGGCCUCCCCCAGCUGCAGCCCAUUAGAAAGCACAGGGUGUCAUUUCUUUAUCAUAGAUACACUGACUAUGCGCCAGGCCACCUCAAACCCUACUCUAAAAUACAUUAAAAAAAAAAGCCCACUUAAGACUUGUUUGCUGUAAAAUGCCCCAAAACACCCCCAAUUUUUAACUACUGCUGUUUUUUAUACAAACGGUCAGAAAUGAUACAAUACUAAUAGAGGUUAUGAUAUAUUUUAAAGGUUAAUGGAUAUUCUUCUAGUGUGAGCAAACUAAAGCAUAUGGCCCAAUGUGCCCCUGCCCUAUCUGCCAAAAUUCAUUCACACAUCCUCCAACAUAUUCAUCAGAUUACAGAAUGAGUCUCAGAAUGCUGAAGCCUAGAAAAGCAAGAAGCACAGCCCCUGUAUCUAAUAAACCAAUCAUACAAAUCCCAGUCUUGAGAGGGCACUUAUGUUAUAGCUACUAUAUGGAGCAGUACUAAUCUUUAAAAACUCUGUAACCCUAAAAAGAUUGACGUGCAUGAAUAUGCGUGGGGUGCGGUUGCCCUGCUUCAUAUUGGGAUAGAAGGGCAGCUAAUAAGUGUUGCGAAUAAUAAACCAAUCAUUGUUCUUGAUGUUGAAAAUGAACAUCUCAUGUAGAUAAGUUUUGACUUCUAACUGUGAGCUAAAUGAAUUGUCUCCUUAAUGCACCGAUUACAACAAAUAAGAACAAUCUGGCCAUUACAAUGUUUCCUUUGUUUUAUUCCAUGAAAAUAUUCCCAACAGAGAACACUAUUUUGAAACAAUGUAUUUACCAAUAAUAAAAAUCAACAUGUCA